AUGUAAAAAUAUUUGUUGACUUACAUUGUGACACUAAUUAGUGUUUUAUUUUUUGUUAAUACUAAUUAAAUACCUAUCAAAACAAAGAAAAUAUUUAAGAAGCUAUGGGCGAAUGCGAGGAAGAUCAAGAAUUGAGGGAAAGGCUUAAAAUAGGUCCUCAGGCAAAUGUUGAUUAUCCAAUUAAUGUUUUGUAUUGCGGAAAUUGUAAAAUGCCUAUUGAGUACUGUGAGUUCUGGCCAGGCUAUGAGAAAUGUAAACAAUGGCUUGAGAAAUUUUAUCCUGAAGAGUUCUCAAAGCUGACUUUAAGAGAAAAUGCAGCAAUGGAAGCAGAAAGAUCAGCUGAAAGUUCAAGAGAAAAGAGUGAAUCACCAGAUAAAAAAGACAAAAGGCGUCAAAGGAGAGGUGGAAAAGGACAAAAGAAGGAAGAUUCGUUUAAAGAAAAAAGAAUUUCUGUGAUGAUAGCACCACGAAGCAGAAGGAAAGUUGAGACGGUUAUCUCAGGCCUUGAAGACUUCGGUAUUGAUCUCAAAGUAGCAGUCAAAGUCUUUGGGACAAAAUAUGCUUGUGGUUCAUCGAUAACUGACGAAAAUGAGAUUUCUAUUCAAGGAAAUGUCAAAGCUGAUGUUAUAGAAUUUAUUGCACAUAAAUGGCCGGAAUUGAAAGAUGUUAUUGAUGAUAAUGGCGAUUAUAGGAAUACUUUUAACAUUUGAUUAUAUUACAUUUACAUGCUAUCUCUAACUUCUGUUCAACUGAAAUUAAGCAUCAAUUUUUAUGUACAAGUUUUAUAAACAUUCUAAAAAGUUAUUGAUUGAGAUGUUUAGAGAAAAAUUCGUUUCUGACCUAGAACAAUGAUGUUUUUAUUCCGAACGGAACGCAGAAGAAGUCAAAGAUCGUCAGCGUCAUAUGGAUUCAGCGUCUUAACUGAUUGAAUUCAUUCCGAAUGGAAUGUCUGGUGCAGUCGUCUCAACGAAGGCCAAAGAAGUUCAAUCGGAGAGAAUGGUAGAAUUUCAUAAAAUUCAUUGUC